AUCUUCUGUACAUGUAUCACUUUAAACAAUAGUUUACCCAUUUUUAUCACCUAUACGUAUCUGCAUGUUGUAUUUGAAUAGUUGGUCGUUUAACAUGCAACUUACAAUACAACUAUGAUGAGAGAUAAAGAGAGAUAAAUUACAGAUAAAAUCAUUUUUAUAUUUUCGUUUUCUGAAAAACAUGUUACAAAUUAGAUCUGGAUAUUUGCAAAUUAACAUAUAACGAGAGUUGUGCAAAUUAUUGUUCAUUCAAGUAAUACCGUAUCAGCUUGUGUUUGUUUCACUGUAAUCAUAAGAUAGGACAAUCACCCAAGAGAUUGCCUGACAAUCCAAGAAGUAUGGCUACACCGGACCUGCAGCCACAGGGAAACGAUGUUAACACGUCUAGUGCAAAAGCAACAUCCGCUAAUAAUAUAUUUAAGAACAGAAAGGUAUUCAACGACCCAAUUCAUGGUCAGAUAGUGAUCCAUCCAGUGUGCAUCAGAAUCAUAGACACACCACAGUUCCAGCGACUGCGGCACAUCAAACAACUUGAUACCUGUUAUCUGGUUUAUCCAGGUGCCUGCCAUAACAGGUUCGAACAUUCCCUAGGUGUUUGUCAUCUCGCUGGAAAGUUGUUAAAAACAAUAAGAGAACGGCAACCGGACGAAGAUAUAACGGAUAGAGACAUUUUGUGUGUGGAAAUUGCUGGACUUUGCCAUGACCUUGGCCAAGGACCAUUUUCCCAUGUGUUUGAAAAAAAGCUUAUGCCAAGACUGAAAAAAAAGUUUACGCACGAAGGAGCUGCAAGAAAAAUGUUUAGAUAUAUGUUAGACAACAAAAAUGGUGAAAUUAAACGGGACAUCCAGAAAAUACUUGCUGACUGCAAAAUACCAGGUUUUGAAACAUUUGAAGAAAGAGACUUUACUUUUAUCGAAGAAAUGAUCGAUGAACCCAAACAUAUUGAAACAGGGAAUUGGCCAUACAAAGGAAGAGAGAAGAGCAAGAGUUUUAUGUAUGAGAUUGUGGCAAAUAACAGAAAUGGAGUAAAUGUUGACAAGUGGGACUAUAUAGCGCGUGAUAGCUCUAUGCUGGGAAUGAAAGUCAAUUUUGAUCACAAUCGGUGUUUUGCGAAUGCACGGGUUAUUGAGGUCAAAAAUGGAGUGAACGGUGGUAAUGGAAAUAAUGGAACGACUGGACAUGGGAACUUUCCCCCGAAACAAAUAUGCUACAGAGAGGAAGAUGGACAGGAUUUAUACGACAUGUUCUAUACGAGAAUGACACUGCACAGGCGGGCAUAUCAACACAAGACUCAUAACUUAAUAGGAAUGAUGAUUUGUGAUGCUUUGGUUGCAGCAAAUGAAACAUUUUUAAUUGCUGGAAAGAAAAUUUCCGAAAUUGUUGAAACCAGCGACAUGGCGGCCUAUACACAGCUCAAUGAUGACGUCAUUCAACUGAUUUUGUAUUCACCACACAGUUUAGAAUCACAGAAAGACGACACGGAAUCAGAAAACAAACCUGGGAUAGUGCGUGCAAGGGAUAUUUUACAAGAUAUUUUAAACAGAAGGUUAUACAAGUGUGUUGGACAAACGCAAGUCGAGAAAGGAAAGCUCAAGGAUGAAGAAGAUUUCAAAAAACAGUUCAAUGACAUCAUGACAGAAGACGAACACCCAGUUGAAGAGAAUUACAUUGGAUAUGAUAUCGUGAACUUAGAUUACGGAAUGGAAGUCAAAAAUCCAAUGGAUAAAGUAAGAUUUUUCCAAAAGGACAAAAUAAAUGAAGCAGAUAAGUUGGCAAGAAAUCAGGUUUCCUACAUACUACCUGAUACUUUUGCUGAACAUAGUGUACGUGUAUACUGUAAAGUCACAGGUCCAGAUCCAGAACAUCGAGUCGAGAGAGUCAGGAAAGCGUUCAUAAGAUGGUGUGAACGGUAUCAUCAUCCUCUUCCAAAGGGAGCAAAACCACAGCAAACACACGGAAGAGCAGAGCAAAGUAUUGCAAGUCCCGAGUUAAGUUCCGGCGAUGAUCUUGUAAAUAAACACUUGGCUGAACCUGUAAAUAUCACAACAGAUCCUGAAACGACAGAACAACAACCUGGUUCAUAUCACGCUGGAGGAGUAGAUAUGCGUCCUGAGCAACCGGCAGCCUCUGAUGACAUGCACCUUUAACUAUACAGUAACUCUCGAAGUAUACACAUUACCAGCAUGAUACAUAUACUACUUUAUCAUUGUAGUUAUUGUGAUUGUCUUCUAGUUACUUUUGUGCUGUUACUGAUAAAAUAUAACUAUUUUAGAUUGUUAUUUUAAUAGCCUUUAAAAGUGUGGUUCAUGGAGUGUUGAAACUUUAUUUUCCCGAUAAAUUGAUCCAGAAUUGGGUGACUCUUAACACAUUUUACUUAGUUUGCUUCUGUUACCUUUAACACUGAUUUGAUCCAAAUCUAUAGAUAAAUACUUGUUUUACAUAUAUUUUAUUUUAUUAUUUACCCUUUUCAAGAAAAGCUACAUUGGUUUCAUAUAACAAUCUAGUGCUCUGUAAUUGAUGGUUUUAUUAUUUUUAAAUUGGUGUAUUUCAUUUCUGAUCAGCUAAGUCGUUAACAUUUUACAGAAUAUGUUAAUCAAAAUUGACUCGUGCCACAUUAUUUUUGUAUUCUAUGUUGCCAUAUGAUGGAUAUUUAUUACCAUAAACAGACCUGUCAUGGCAUGUAUCAAACAUUUUAUGCACAAUAAAUGAACCAGCCGUCGUAAUUACUAAUAAUUACAGAGUCGGGGGUAACUUCUUCCAAACCUAGUGACACCCAAAGAGAACUUUUGCGAAGGCAGUAGAUAAAAUUUCGUGAGCUGAUUUAAAAUAAUGUGAAAACAUGUAUAUAAGGGUCUAUAAAACAUAUUUAUAUAAGUAUUCAAAUACAAUAUAUGUUAAUAUAUCUUUAAAUAUGUUAGUGUGUUUUUUGUGCUGUUUUCAACCAUUUCUUACAUAUUUGACCCAAAUAUCUCAGUGAUUUACUGUAAGUGUACUUAUAUAAGCGCAGCUAAAGUUUAGCGCAAACGCCUUAAAUUGAGUAGUUUCGACUUAUUAGCGCGUACUUGUAUUAGCGCAGUAUCACCAGAGCUAAAAUAGCCAGUUGGUAGCUGAAUGGUAUUCGUAAUGAAAUCGACAAGGCAUGCACAUAAAAAUGCAUAGGUCUACAGUAUGACAUAAAAUCUACAUUCGUUUAGAUAAGUGUUAAUCUGUAUACUGUAAAUUUGUACAUGUACACAGUACAGAAUGGUGAUAAUUGUUUGUUUUCAAUUUUCCACUUGGUUUUCAAAGCAGUAUAAUGUUAUGGUGACACUUGUUAUUAGCGAGACCGGACAAACUGGCGAUCUACUCCGAAGGUGUUAUAUACCAUUUUUAUGGACAGUGGAGAAGAAAAAACAGCUUUAUUUACAAAAAUAGAUGACUGUUGUACUAAUAUUCAAACAUGCUAAAUUAUUCUAUUUAAAAAUUCUGCAGUAUUAUAUUUAGAAAUGCAGUUAUUGUCGUAUUUACACAAUUAGUUUAUAUUUCUCUGUGUUCCGUUGCAUUGUGAUAACAGUAUUUUCAAUACUAUAAAUAUCACUUACCGCUAGACAUGAGUUAGUGCAUGCCUGAUCCCGCUAAUAGCGCGAAAAUUAGUACUCCGCUAAUAUUGAUACACUUACAGUAUGUAAACUAUGCUUUUUGAAACACAAUACAAUUAAUGUUUAAAUAAGAAGUCGUUUUCUACUGAAAUGAAACAUAUUUAUGAAAAUACUACAUUAUUCUGCGCAUUUUUUUUGUACUGAAUGUACAAAUGUAUUUUCCGAUUGCAUACCACAGGGAUAUUUCAUUAUCUAUACAUAUAAAUUAUCAUUAUUAUUGUAUCUGUAAAACUUACAAUGAAACACAAGAUAUUUGUUGUCACCAAGGUUUUUGUUUCAUUUCCUUAAAUUCAAAAUUAUUUAUUAUAUGCUUUAAAAGGUAAUUUUGUUAAAGAGAGAGUUUAUUCUUCUGUCAGGCUGUAGUCCCACUUUUGUGAAAUUCUGUAGGAGUUUUUAUUGUCUUUCAGUUGCAAAUCGUCUUUUCUCCAUAUACGUGUUAAAUGAUUAUUACAAGUUAGCAGUCAGUCAUUAUAACUCAUUAUAGACUAUAUCUCUAUAUGCUGGUCAUUUCUUCUUUCGGAGUCAAACUACAUCCAGUGUGAAAAUAGUAGUAUAUAAGAAGAUAAAACACAGAAACUGUCCUCAAAAACAUUCGUACAUUUUUGAGAUAUUAUAUGUGGAACUUUGAAGUAAGACUUGAUAUGUUUUAUGAUCGGUAUAUUUGAACAUACGUUGUAUUUUUCUUCUUCAUUAUAUAUGCAAUCAUAGAUUACUGUGAAUGUGGAAAAAAAGACAUUUUAAAACUUCUAACAUGUAUCUGUAUGUCUAAGUUUAGUUUCUUACCAUCUUUAUCAAUUAGCUCCCGAGUGUCAAAAUUCAGAACAUUGAUUGAAACUCUUAUUUUCAGUUGAUAGUUGCUCCGGUUUACAAUCUACCAGACAUUCUAAGAUGAUGCAUAUUGCAUAUUUAUAAAUUUCCUGCACGUACGUGUACGUACAUAAUUAUAUGUGUACAUGUUCAAGUUUUAUUCCUAACAGUAAAUAAAAAUAUUUAAAAAAAAAUAUUUUACAAUUAAUAGGUUUAUCGAUCUGCCGUACAUAUUUUGUUCCUUAUUAGGUUAUGAUACUGUCAAGUUUACCCUUUUCAGUAAUGUGUUUGUUUUUGUUUAUAUUGUAAAACUUGCUGCGUUUGGUUUGCUUAAGUCUUCUACUUUCAUAUUAUGUGUAAUUCAAUCUGUGUCAACUGAUUUUUUGAACACUCAAUUUCAUCAUGAGGUAAGGUCGAAUUGUUAUGUUAUGUUAGCAGAACAGCUAACCCAUACUUUAGCUAAUAUCUAAAAUAUUACUAACAGUUUUUGCAUAAAAUAAAAAAAACGCAUUUAGAUCAUCAUAGUAUGUAUAAAAUUGCAAAAUUUCAAAAAUAUUGAUUCACGCAAAUAUAUAAUUCUGUUCAAUGCAGUACGACGCUCUAUCUUUAAUAGUUACAGACAAAAGUUGUGAUUUCAGAAAACGGAUGAUAACAGUUUGGAAGAAUAAUGAGGUUAACAUUUUGACUUUUUACUAGAAAAUGGUUAAAUACCAUACAGAUAUCAAAUGCUCUUUCUCGAUGUGGUAUGACAAACAUAUGUUUUGUUUCUUUUGUCACUUUCUUCCUUCAUAACGUGUUUUGCUGGUUUGUAAAUUUAGUAAUUCUAGUGAUUUUUAUUACUUUUGCAAAAUGGUUUGAAAAUUGAAUAAUGAUUAAACUUAUAUGAUGUCUUUGUUUGAUUUUACUGAUUUUUAAAAAAUUCAAACCAACAUAUUUCUACGCGUACUCUAAAAGUGGCAAAAUAACAAAUGCUGGGUAAGCUGUAUUAUUUAAUAUAUUUGAGCUGCGCCAUGAGAAAAGCAACAUAGUGGCUUUGCGUCCAGCAUGGAUCCAGAUCAGCCUGCGCAUCCGCGUAGUCUGGUCAGGAUCCGUGCUGUUCGCUAACGGUUUCUCUAAUUGCAAUAUGCUUUGAAAGCGAACAGAAUGGAUCCUGACCAGACUGCGCAGGCUGGUCUGGAUCCAUGCUGGUCGCAAAGCCACAAAAUGGCGCGGCUCAUUUUAUGAUGCAGAGUAGAUGAUACCGAAUAGAAAUCAUCGAAAGAAAUAAGAAAAUAAGAAGAAACUGUGCAAUUAGCUUAUUCUUAUAAUCUUUAGAUAAAACCAGCACUCUUUUGUGAAACAUAUAUAUUUAGUGUCUGUAUUGACCGAAGCUCAUGUGUCUGUAUUUCUGUUUCAAAUUAAAGGCGAUGAUCAAUU